GACAUGUCCCUGUACGACGAUCUCCCGCCGCCGGAGUCGUCGGCCUCGGCACCGGCGCCAGCCGCCAAGAAGCCAGCCUCCCGCGGCCCGGUGCCGACCCUGCUCGGGCAGCGGGCUGCCCGCGGCGGGGGGAAUCCGGCGGCGCGCCUGACCCCGGCCUUCCUUCGGCGGCCCGGGCCGGCUCCACAGCCGGCCCCGCGCGUGGCGCUGCCCCCUGCCGCGUCCCCUGCCGCGUCAUCCGCCACACCGGGGUGCAGCCUGGCCGCCCCGUCGCCGGCUGUGGCCACUGUCGCCUCGGCCACCACCACCACCACCACCACCGCCAUUGCCGCCGCCCCCCCCGCCGGCCCCCCCGCCGCGGCACCGGCCCCGGCCCCGGCCCGGCCGACGGCCCUCUCGGCCCCCUAUCAGCCCUCGACCCCCACCUCCUACCUGCUGACCCUGUCCAUCCUGGACGCGCAUCGGCCCCGGCGGCGGAAGCGCGCCCGGCCCGCGGCCAAAAGCCCGGCCCCCUGCCAAGUGUGUAGCGCGACGCCGCGCGGCCCGGGGGCCGGCCUCCACCCGAGCCUGCUGACCGACGAGGCCCGGGCCAUCUGCCAGCUGUGGACCGCGGUCGUGGGGACGGCGCGUGGCGGGGCCGGCGCCUGGCCCGGGCGCUUUGCCCUGAACAAGGCCCCCGGCGGCGGGCCCAGCGCCGGCGGCUCCGAUCCCAGCAGUGCCACGGCCUGGGGGAGCGACCUGUCGGCCGGCAGCGACACCGGCUCCAGCUACGAGGAUGACAGUGCCGCCAGCAGCGCCAGCGAGGACAGCGGCCUGGACGAGCCGCUUGGCCUCGGGGCCCGAGCCCCCCGGGCGGGCUCCCCCUCCGGGCCGCAUGGGCCCGCCAACCCGGACGAACUGGACAUCGAGGAGCCGCAGGCCCCGGGGGAAGCCGGCGACCUGGGCACCCCGCCGGCCGAGCCCCCGGGCCCCAGCCGCCUCCAGCGGUGGGAGGCAUUCACGGCCGAAUGGCGGGUCCUGAGCCAGCAUGCGCUGGCCCCGCCCGGGGUCCGGGCCGUCGACGUGCCGGAUCCCCGCCGGCCGGGGCCCGUGCUGGCCGGGCUCCGGCGCCUGUACCCGGACGGCCGGGCCGCCGACGAUCCCCAGCUGGAUGGCGUGCCGCUGUCGAAGCCCGCGCGCCCCGGGCUGCCGGGCGACUUCCCGGCGCGGCCAUCCACCCGGCGCGGGCUGGCCCUGCUGCAUGCGCGAUUGGCCUCCGGCCGCGGGGCCGGCCUCCAGCCGGACCAGCCGGACCCCGGGCACUUUGCCGAGUACCUGCUGGCACUGUUGACCAUGGCGGCGGCCGGGGUGCCGCGGCGGCCGGCCGCUCACCCGGCCGGCGCCCCUCGUCACCCGGUGUCCGGCCGGCGCCGGCCAGGGCACCGGCGUGGCUCGGGCCCCUCGGCCGGGGGGCCCGGUGCGGCGGGGCUCCCGGCAGCCGGGCUCGCCGGCCACGGCCACCCGGCCGCCGUGGGAGACAUCGAGCUGGACCCGGCCAAUCGCGGCCGGCGAAUGCUCGAGCGCAUGGGCUGGCGCGAGGGGGCCGGCCUCGGCAAGCAGCGCCAGGGCACCAUCGUCCCGGUGGCCGAGGAGCUGCUGGCCGUGACCGGGCCACGCGCGCGCGAUGGCCGGGCCCUCAAUGCGCCGGCCGGCCCGGCGCCCGGGAUCGGCGGGGCCGGCCUCGGUGCGGCUCCCACCCUGCCGGGCGUGGUCAGCGAGUCGCUCGGCUUCGCGGCCGGCCUCGGGCCCGGGGGGGGGCCCUCUGCCGGGGGGCCCGGCCGCAAGUGGCCCCCCCGCCACUCCCGGGCCCCCGAAUGA